AUGCAAUCGACUUUUGCCAUGGCUGCACCCUCCACAGAAUACAUCCCCGCUGAAGAAGCCAUUUCAAAGAACAUGGCCAUGCAGCGCCCCAAGGUUACCACAGCACGGCUACCAAGUGACGCAUCUGCAUACAAGAAGAAAAUUGGCAAUGUCAUGGCAGUCAUUCCCAAGGACCAGAAGGAGAGGGGAAAAUGGCUAAAGGAGGCGGAAAAGGUGGGGAAGAUGUGGGCUGCAAUGACAAAGCUCUUGCUGGACGAGCCGUGCGCACUGCGGCUCCUGGAUGAGGGGCAGGUGCUGUUCCUCAGUCCCCAUAUGCAGAUGCUGUGGGAGUUCUUGGCAGAGGAUAUGAACCGGGCGACAGAUUGGAAGGCACACCAUCUUGGUGCACCCAUUGGCGUGGAGAAUGAAGAUCUGCCCCUCGAAGCCUGGGUGAAAGACAACGAUGAUGCAGGCCCAAUGCCCCCAGUGAUUGCGGCAUUACACAAAGAGGAUACUGAAGACAGCAGCGUGCUCCCUGGUGACUCGCAGGAGACGGAUCAGCUGGCCAGCAAUUUGCAAAAACAAGUCAUCCUGGUCGCCAAGCCUCUUAUUAGUGGGACGCUCCCUUGGGGCGGUAUCCCAGCUGCGGUACUUGCACCCACAAGUGCGGAAGGUGGUCCAUCCACAACGAUAACCAAGGUGGAAGAAGAGGGGGCUGCACAUGCAAAGGUGGCAGCCACUGAAGUGGAGCAGGAGGAGGCAAAGGAGGCUGCCGCAGUAGAGGCUGCAGUGGCAAUGGAUGUCAUGGAAAAGAAAGAGGAUAAACCGAAACAUCCCAAGCCGCGCUGGAGUUUUCAGAAGACCAUGACCGUGUCACCCCCGAAUGAUUCCAAUGAGGUGGAGUUGGUGAAUAAUGCGCUGCCUGGGAGGACGACUGAACAAUUGGCGACUUUCAUCCCUGCGAGUGCGAAAGCGCGUCCUCCCUGCAGUAGGGGGAACACCAUGGAGUCCCAUAUGGUAGAAGUUGUCGUCCCUCAGAGGGUUAUGGUGAAACCCGUCUCCCCCAUAACUAUGAAGGCCGGCAAGGGCACAAAGAACAAGGGGAAGGCCCAGCUCGGCGCCUGGAAUGCACCUGAGCCGACAAAUUAA